UCGGCUAAUGAAGAAACUUUACAGGAAAACGAUAUCGCAAAUUUGAACAAAACUAGUGAAAGAGGAACUUGAAGAACCGUAUUAAAUAGAUGGAGAAGGACACCACUUUGACUCAGAUUCUGCCUAAGCCACUGCCUAAGUUGGGUUCUUAACUAUAGAUUAUUUGUCAUGUAGAAUAUCUUUUGCCGGCAGUUCAUAUAUAAUAACAUUUCAUAUAUAUUCUCUUGCUCAAAAUUGUCCAUGUUUGUUAGUAAACGGUUUACAAUUUUUAAAUCGGCUAAAAACGACGCUCCCCUGAAUUGCCUGUGGUAGACAAAAGAAAAUUCUUCUAACGUCGGUUUUUCGGUUGCCAUUUGAAAACUUCAUGAAAGUGUGUUGCAACUGAGAAAGGUAGCCAAAUUUGAAAGAGAACUCUUUGUUUACAAAAAACUGGGUGCUUGGCAACGAAAAUCAGAUCCGCAGGUUGUAGUCUUCAAACACCAGCAGGCAAGUGAUAAAUAUGCCACCUUGAACUACCCAUCAUGGCUGCCCCGACACGAUCAACAAGUCAACCGAGUAACAUUUUAACAUCUUAAGAACAAAAAGUAUGUCAUAGAGCCACGUUCCAGUCAUGGCAAAGUCCCCGGGAAACUUGGAGUCGGGGCUAACCCGGUUUUUAAACACUCUCUACGCUUGCUUCCGCUUUAUGUCAAGAUUUCUUGUAUGCUGCCAGUUCUGUGAAUGUCCGACGCAUCAAAGAAAGUGUAAAAGGAAGGUUGAUGGAGAACAAAGCAUAGACUCCCAAACGACGAAUUCUAAAAGGAGUAGAAUUUCUGCUGCAGAAUUUAGCUUUCCAAAGCGUUAUAUUCUGGCGAUAAUGACUUUUCUUGGUUUUAUGAACAUGUACGCUUUGCGUGUUAAUUUGAACGUCGCUAUAGGCGCCAUGGUCAAUAAUCACACUGUACAACAGAAAGGAUACACGAUCACACGGGAAGCAGAAUUUGACUGGGAUUCAAAACUGCAAGGCAUAGUUCUGGGCUCGUUCUAUUAUGGAUAUGCCUUCUUGCAGCUGCCUGGUGGCUGCCUCGCUCUCAAGCUCGGUGGCACGAGAAUAUUUGGAUACGCCAUCUUUUUAGCCUCCAUGUUGACACUUCUGACUCCAGUGGCCACACGAUACAGUGUGUAUGGAAUGAUUGCUGUAAGAGCAGGAGAAGGGCUCAUGCUGGUGAGAAAUACGGUCAUUUAUACCAUGCCAUAAGAAAGCCAAUCAGAAUGCAGGAAAGCCGUUGUACAUUCGACGGUAUGAGUUAUCUCCAACCUUCCCAUCAUGCGCCCCGCGCAUGUCAACAUCGAGUGUGUUGGCCACCGUAUUUUCUAUGGCAUGGUAUAGUUAUCUCAUAUUAUGUCACGGAAUAUCCCAAUUGUUGCUGGUAUUUUCUUGUUACAGACACUCACCUAAAGGCUCGUGUGUAUACCGAUAAAAUAUACAAGUGGCUCGUGGGAUAUUCCAUGGUAUACCACGCGAAAGCGUCGCAUAACUAGAAUUUAUUAGAAACUGGAUCAUUAGAAAAUGCAAUUCGAGAGUUUUCAUUGGCUUAGCCAUCAUGGGUUA